AUGCCGUCGCAGUCCUCACUUGGCGCUGCUGCUGCCCGCGCAAGUCGUCAACGAAACUUGGCAUUGCCUCGUCAAAACUCAUCUAUUUACAGAAUACAGACUCGAAACGCACAAGCUCGAAGCCUGAGUAGAACAACUCGACUGAGUGCUCCUCAGCCCACCACCCAAAGACCCUUCUCCCAACGCUUGCAGUCCCGACCAUCCUCGCUCUUUACACCCAACAAGCUCGCCAUCCGAUUCAUACACGGAAAGCCAUUGCCACAAAGGAGUUCGUGGUUCCUCAACUUCGCUUAUCGGACGGCAGCGGUGGUAGGCAGCGGUAUCGUAUGCGUGGGCCUGGCUGUUGGCGCCUUCUUCAUCUAUGACGCAAGUACAUACAGCGAGCAUGCCGUCGCGACCGAAUGCCAUGUGUCUGAACUGGCACUGAACCCCCACAAAGGCGGCCCGAAGAACCUGCCGAUCGCCGAGGUUCUUAUAGACGACGACGAUAGUGAAGAGAGUAGGAGUAAGAAAGAGAAGCCGAAGCUCGUCAUUCUUGGAGGUGGUUGGGGCAGCGUGGCUCUGUUGAAGGAGUUGAACCCGGACGACUAUCAUGUCACCGUCAUCUCGCCAGCGAACUACUUCCUUUUCACGCCAAUGCUGCCGUCUGCCACAGUGGGGACGCUUGAGCUGAGGUCGCUCGUGGAGCCUAUCAGGAGAAUACUAUCAAGAGUGAAGGGCCACUUCAUCAGGGGCAAGGCCGAAGAUGUUUGCUUCUCCGAGAGGUUAGUCGAGGUGUCUCAGACUGACGCAUCGGGGAAAGAGACUAGUUUCUACGUUCCCUACGACAAGCUGGUCAUUGCCGUCGGGUCACAGACAAACCCUCACGGCGUGAAGGGCUUGGAGAACUGCUUUUUCUUGAAGGACAUCAACGAUGCGCGCAAGAUCCGAAACCAAGUGAUAGCGAACCUCGAACUGGCCUGUCUUCCCACAACUUCGGAUGAGGAGCGACGGCGGUUGCUGUCAUUUGUGGUCAGCGGUGGAGGUCCAACCGGUGUUGAGUUUGCUGCGGAGCUGUACGAUCUCCUCAAUGAGGACCUCACGAAACACUUUCCAAAAUUGCUGCGCAACGAGAUCUCAGUGCAUCUCAUCCAGAGCCGUGGACACAUCCUGAACACAUACGACGAAGCUGUCUCGAAAUACGCAGAAGAGCGCUUCGCACGAGACAAUAUCGAUGUGCUCACGAACUCCAGGGUGAGCGAGGUACGGAAGGACAGUAUCCUUUUCACCCAGAAAGGAAAGAACGGAGAAACUGUUACCAAGGAGCUCCCCAUGGGCUUCUGUCUGUGGUCGACUGGCGUCUCCCAAACCGACUUUUGCCAGAAGCUGGCGACCAAGCUCGGCGACUACCAGAACAACCGACAUGCGCUCGAGACAGACACCCACCUCCGUCUUAUUGGCUCACCGUUGGGUGAUGUCUAUGCCAUCGGCGACAGCUCCACCGUUCAGAAUAACGUUACCGAUAGCAUCGUGACUUUCCUCCGUGGCAUGGCCUGGAAGCACGGCAAAGACCCCGAGAAACUGGAGCUUCAUUUCUCGGACUGGCGUGAUGUGGCUGCCACGGUCAGGCGCAAGUUCCCUCAGGCAGUUGGUCACCUCAAGCGCCUUGAUAAGUUGUUCGCCGAGUUUGACAAAGACCAAUCUGGUACUCUUGACUUCGGCGAGCUUCGCGAGCUGCUCAAGCAGAUCGACAGCAAGCUUACCUCCCUACCGGCAACGGCACAACGCGCCCAUCAGCAGGGACAGUAUCUUGCGCAUAAAUUCAACAAGAUGGCACAUGCCGCACCUGGACUGCAGGCGAAUGACAUUCGCGACGGGGAUUUGGAUGACGCAGUAUACAAGGCCUUUGAGUACCACCACCUAGGAAGCCUAGCGUAUAUCGGCAACUCGGCCGUGUUCGAUCUAGGUGGAGGAUGGAACCUCAGCGGUGGGCUCUGGGCGGUGUACACCUGGCGAAGUGCUUACUUUGCACAGAGUGUGAGUCUCAGGACGAGGAUGUUGAUGAUGAUGGACUGGACAAAGCGUGGUCUCUUUGGACGAGGUUAG